AUGCAACAUACUUCUUUUUCCAACACAGAUACAUUUAUGGCACGAGACAACGUUGCAACAUUGCUUAGCAAAUAUGACGAGUUUAUCAAUCUCAAGCUUAAACCCAACCUAAAGACGGUGCUCGAUUCACGGGAUACAAUCUACAGCACUAUAUCAGAAUAUCAAAAGCUCAAGGCACAGAUUCAAACGAUCCAAGACUGCAACUUGAAGGAAAUGAAGACCAUGACGGAUAUCGGCAACCAGUUUUAUGUGCAGGCUCACAUACCCGAUACACAAUACAUCUUUGUCAACGUUGGAUUUGGAUUACAUGUUCAGUUUACAUUGGAUGAAGCCAUGGCGUUUAUCGACAAGAACGUAGAACGAUUAGACAAGAUUGCGGAUAAACGUUCAGCAGAAGCUGACAAGAUAAAAGCCCACAUCAAAUUGACCCUGGAGGCCAUGAAUGAAGUGCUUCAGAAUCGAUGA